AUGGGCGAUGCAUGGGCUGCGUAUCAAAUUGCAGUAGAGGGAAAAUACCGCGCCUUGAAAAAGAGCGACUAUCUGGCCGGUUUCGCCAUCAACAUGCUCCAGGCUCUUGAAGUAUCCGCGAUGAACAAGGGCAAGAUCAGUGCUUCCGCUGUUGAACAAUGGGGGAAACGGCUUCAGACGGUCUUUGACAGGUUGGAUUCAAUGCGACCACCUCGCAACGUCGAAGCUACAAGGUUAGCGAAGGCACGUCUACAAGCUGUUCUCGGUGACAAUUCUGCUCUGUUGUCGCUUCUGCGACAGCGACGCGCUGCUGCACGGACUGAGGGGGUGGAGGGAAAGGAAGGGCAAGGGCGGGCGAUCGACGACGAGACGUGGAGUCUUUGGGCUUGGUCAUUGCACCGCUACCUGGACAGUCAGAAACAGGCAAGGGCGUUGGAAGACCUUUCUCAGGAAAAUUACCAUGCGACGUUGGAGCUACUGCGAUGCCCUCUGGAGACACUGCAGGAGGUUCGUCGCGCCGUACGUCAGGGGAUAAGCAUUGCAGCUACCGGUAUAAAAGACCCCGUCGCCAGAUACAACUGUUCUCAUCCUCCCCAUCGACCUCUACUUCUGGACCUUCUAUUAUGCGGGCUCAUGGAUGCAGAGUCAUUGAAGACCGCGACGGCUCUCGUCGACCAAGUACGGCAGCAACAUUCCGCGUAUGCUUCUCCGGGGCUGGUCAAAGUCCUGGCCAUGAAGCUUAUCCAAUCCAGGGAAUUCGACUUGGCCAAGACAGCCUUGCUCUGCCUUCCGAAAGACGAUUCUGCACAUCCCGACCUAUCUCUUUUCCUCGCAUCGGCAAUGGGUGAUCCUAUGGCAGCCCAACGAAUAUAUCGCGAGUCAUUCAGCGAGAGACAUGAUCCUCGUGCCCAGACGCACUUGCUACGGGCAUAUCUCAACGCUGAAGACGCCCCAGCCACUCUCGGUGCCUUCAAUCGAUUGUUCCCCAAGAACGAAUCCGGACAACGCACCAACAAUCCUCAGCCAGAACAUUAUUCUGUCGUCUUUUCGGCGUUGACGCGACACGACCACGGCAAUGGCAUGGAAAGGUGGAUAGACGAUAUGAAGGUUUCCGGGGGUUUCCGUUUAUCUGACGAGCCUCACGGGCUGGUCGUCGAAUACUAUGCCAACCGUGAUAUGGUUGAAGACCUCGUUUCCCUCUUCACAGAGAUUGACGAACGCCGAGUCCGAGGCGAACGAGCGGGCACCGUAUCCGUCUUCACUUCCGCAAUGGGAUACUUCGCUCGCCGGAGAGAUCCCGUGACGGUAGAAGCCCUAUACAAGCGGAUGAUUCAAUCCGGGAUAGAACCCACUGUUCACACAUUCACAGCCCUCAUGAAUGCCCAUGUGGAGGCUGGGACGUGGACUGGUGUCCUCAAGACGUUCAAGCAUAUCAGAGAUCAUUACCCCUAUACGCGAUUCGACAUCAACAUCUUCAAUAUCCUUUUCAAAGCCUACAUCCACCUUGGUGCCCCAUUCGGCUUCAUUGAGGAGCAAGUAUGGCGGCUGGAGACUCUCGAUAUAAAGCUCAAUGAGUACACAUAUGCCCUCUACCUCGAAGCGGCCUGUGACUUAGGGAACCUCGACAACGUCCGCCGCUUCUAUCGACAAUCCCUCCGGAAACAGAGAAGCGACCCUUCAGCCAAGAUACUUUCGCCCCACUUCUUCAACAUCGCGAUCGCCGCAUUCAACGCGUGGGGGAUGACGAAAGAAGCUAUCUCUGUCUACGAUGAUAUGCUUGCCUUCGGAUUCGAACCCACUUCCCACACCUACGGGUCUGUUGUUCGAGGGCUCGUCCAGAAGCACCAUUUCGGGGGUGCGCCAGCCGCGGAGGACUUCAUCAAGAAGCUCAUCGACCAGUCGGACGGGUUUUGGAAAUCACACCCCGAUGGCCAGGGGACGUGGUAUGAGCACCUCUACGCUCCGCUCUUCCACGUUUAUUCGCGGACUUCCCUGAAAGACGCCGAGCGGCUGUACAGGUCCAUUGUGCAAUCCGGGGAGAAACCAACUUUGCUCUUAUUGACCUUCUUGAUGAGCUCCUAUUCGAAGGCAGGCGACUUGGAAGGCGUCCUCGGGAUCUGGCCAGAAAUCCUCCAGCACGGCGUCCGACAGAUCAACGUUGCUGCUCCCCUCAGGGACGUGGAGACAGUUUCUGCUUCCCAGAACGCACCCGACCCUUGUCUCUGCAUAGCACUCAGCAUCUACAUCGAUUCCUGUGCUUCCCGCGGCCUUCACUCGAAGGUGGCAGAGGCUUGGCGGGAUUACCAGCAACAUCAUCUCAAACUCGAUCAUAUCAACUGGACGUCUCUCACUCUUGCGAUGAUUCGAGCCGGUGACCCAGUCCGCGCGUUCGAGAUCGUUCAAAACAUCAAUAUCGCCAACCAACGAGCUGCUCAUGAAUUCGAUUUCGAAAUGAACAACCCAAAUACACCAUUGCUCUACGACGCUCCAGUACCGACAUCCCCUGGCCAGGUCGACCCUCGCACAUCAACACAUCUAUUUCGUCGCUCUCUAUGGGAUUCUCCGUCACGUCGGAUUGUUAUGCGUCGGGCUUUCAUUGGCCCUCCACGCUAUGAACACGCCGAGAAGGAUAGACACCUCAUGCAAUUGGAACGGCUGAUCAAGAAGGCACCGACAUGGAACGUGUGGCGACCUCACUGGACGGUUUUGCGAUCCCUGCUACGAGUCGUUAAUAAACUGGAGGAAGGAUAUUGCAUUCGUCCGUCUACACGAACCGACCAAGGCAUCGUUAUGGUUGAGUCGGAGCCGGAUGUUCCUAGGGCGCACGCUAUGCUCAACGCCAUCAUGACGAAGUAUCCGGAGGCUUUCGAAGCGGUCAUGGAUUUCAGGGAGAAGGAAAUGGCGAAGUUUGGGGAAUUGAAGUUCGGUAAGAUGUACAAACGGAUAUUGAAGUAAUUUGCAUACGCCAGUCCAUAUUACUAGUUAGAACAGAGCAUAAUACAUAGCGCUAUCGGACAUCCAGUCGGAUAAUUCUAUUCGUUACAAA